GACUCAUUGUUAGCUAUCUUUGCUAGCGCAGCGGCAGUGGCCGGAGCCUUGCGUGCUGGGAGGCCUGGGUUCAAAGGCUUGGACCUCGUUGCUGGUGCCUCAACUUUGUACAUCCUCAUCAUGUAUUGCUUCCAGAGCUCGUUCUUGGAGUGGCCAGAGCCUGGUUUUCAGAA